AAGCUUUCGGAUGCGUCGUUUAAAAAACCGGAAGUACGCUGUAGAGCGAACGUAGUGUAAGUCGGAGUGGGAUGUGAAGGGGGAGAAUCGAUUCUACACACAGGAGGGGGUGCAGAAACAUAAACAUUUACUGCAGCCUUCUCAUGGAAAUAUUACCAUGGAUGACUUAGAAAACAACAUCUUUAACUCUGUGGAGGAAGAGAUCCUUUACUGGAAAAGUGUGGCCAUGAAAUACAAGCAAUGCUCUGAGGAAGCCCAACAAGAGCUGCAGGAAUUUCAGGAGGCCAGCAGAGAAUAUGAAGCAGAGCUAGAGGCUCAACUCCUGCAGACUGAGGGAAGAAACCGAGACCUUUUCUCUGAAAACAACCGUUUGCGAAUGGAACUCGACGCCAUUAAGGAAAAGUAUGAGGAGCAGCAUUCAGAAAACUAUGUACAGAUAUCUACUCUGGAAGGAGAUCUUUCGCAAACCAAAGCAGUCCGAGAUCAGCUGCAGAAAUACAUUCGGGAACUAGAACAAGCUAAUGAUGACUUGGAGAGGGCCAAGAGGGCUACAAUAAUGUCUUUGGAGGAUUUUGAGCAACGCUUAAAUCAGGCCAUUGAGAGAAAUGCCUUCCUUGAAAAUGAGCUGGAUGAAAAGGAAAACCUUUUGGAAUCGGUGCAGAGACUAAAGGAUGAAGCUCGAGAUCUGAGACAGGAACUGGCUGUGCAGCAGAAACAAGAGAAGCCUAAAUCCAACAUGGUUAGUCCCGAAACUGAGCGAAUGGACACAUCCGUUCAAGCUUCAAUAGCCAUUCCUUCGGCUCCCUUAACACCAUUAAGUCAAAGAGGAUGUGCUUCUACUCUGACCUCCCCACUGUCAUUCAGAACAAGUUUGGAUGAUGGUUAUAGUGGUACCCCACUAACCCCGUGUGCCCGGAUAUCCGCAUUGAACAUAGUAGGAGAUCUGCUCAGAAAAGUUGGGGCCCUGGAGUCUAAGCUGGCAUCUUGCCGAAAUUUUGUACACGAGCAGUCUCCAAACAGACCACUUACAUCCGUGUCUGCUAGAAUGAAGAAAACUAGAGAAGGCAUUGAAAAUAGAUUAAGUAUUGCCAGUGGAUCUUCUGUUGAAAAAGGAUUAAUAAAGCGACUGGAAUUUGGAUCUUUCCCUUCAAACACACCUAUGCAGGGGAUGCACUCACCUCAAGGGGUAGUAAAGAUGAUAAUUUAGAUACUGUAGUCUUUAAUUUAUUGUUUUUAAUGGAAUUUUACCAUGGACACUAUGCACUGGACUCACAACAUGCAGCUCUCAUACUGGACUUUGCUGAUAGAGUUGUUCGGAGUGCGUGAGCUGAUCUGGCAUGGACCAUUUUUAUUUUCACUGUUCCUGACUUACUAAACCACUGUUUACAAUUCGCUAAAAUAUAGUUUGUGAAAGCGGUACAGGGUUAAUAUAAUAGACUGCCAUAGUCUGUAGUUCAGAACCUGGCAAAUAUUCAUAUUUCUAGAUAGUAGAUUUAUUGGGAGGGAUGUCUUUGCAGCCGUUUUGAGACCGAAAAAUACUCCGCUCUGACUGCAAGAACUGUGCUGGGCAUGGCCAUUUCUCAACCCUUAUGUUUUGUGACCUACGCAUACAGGUAUGGGGUCUGCUUUCCAGAAUGCUCGGGGCCUAGGGGUUUCCGGAUAACUGAUCUUUCUAUAAUUUGGAUCUUCAUACCUUAUGUCUACUAGAAAAUCACGUAAACCUCAAAUAAACCCAGUAGGCUGGCUUUGCUUCCAAUAAGGAUUAAUUGUAUCUCUGUUUGGAUCAAGUUCAAGGAUCUGUUUUAUUACUACAGAGAAAAAAGAAAUAUUUUUUUAAAAUUUGGAUAAAAUGGAGUCUAUGGGAGACAGCCUUUCCAUAAUUCAGAGCUUUCUGGAUAAUGGUUUUCCGGAUAACUGAUAUACCUAUACCUAUACCUGUACAAGUUGUGUGACCAACUAAACAUGGCUGUGCAACACUGGUGGGACUAGAGUUACCUAUGAAUAUUACCCUGAAUUCCAGGGACAAACAUAACAGAGAGGCUAAUAGAUAAUAAUAAAUCACUGACUUGGUUUUCUUUCUCGUAUUCCAUCUCCAAGCAUUAAAAAUGUUUAUCUAUUUUGGGGAGUUCACCAUUUAAAACAACUGUUCAACUGGUCUUCAUUUUCAAUGUCUGUUGUUUUUUUUUUUUUUUAUUAAUAUUAUUGCUGACCUUCCUAUGCUGCCUCUUUCCAGUUUGCAAUGUUAAGUCCAACUUUGUUGUCAUUGAUUCUUUGAGAGUCUUUUAUUUUUUUCAUCUCAUGUGCUGACUUUCAAGCAACUGGCUGAUCUCCAGGGACCGUAAGACCUAGCAACCAACUGUUCAUAAACAUUCCAAACUGGGGCGAUGCAGAAAAAGGAGGUUUUAGAAUUCAAAGCCCACAAAGUAAAGACUGUUUGCAGAUUGUUUCAAAAUAUCAUUUAGAUUAUUCUAAAUUAUUAUGUUUUGCCUACUCUCAUUUUUCCCUGUGCAGUUUUUGCUCAAGUACUUAUCAAGGAGAUAAAUAAGUGCCUUUAAUUCCACAUUAUGCCUGCACCCUUUAACUUUUUCCUGUCUAUUAACUCUUUAUUUUGCAUUGACAUGCCUUUUGGGCAUAUGUGGGGUUUCAAGUAGAAGUUUCCCUGUUGCUUGAGGCAUAACAGAAAGUUUCCAUAGACAGCAGCUGUAAUGUUAUAUUAGCAAUGCUAUAGCCAUUGUCUAUGAGAAGUGCAUUGGGGUAAUACUGUUGUUGUUACCAUGCCUUUAAUGCUAAUGCACCAAGUCCAUUACUCUGGUUACAGGAGUGUGUUGUUAUGUAGCACAUACUCACAGUGAGAUGUGGUUGCGCAGGUACUUCUGCUGCUGGUAUCCUGUGUAAAUGUCAGAAAACGGCAGAAUUUUAAAAUGAUAAAAAUAAAACUGUAUUAAGGAGAACUAAAGCUGGACAAAGAAUUAGGCUUGAACUUUUUUUUUUUUAGUGUCGGUACCAGCCCAACACUAUACAAUCUGUACCUCUUAAAAUGCCCUAGUAGCACCCAAUCUUCUGUUGAUUCAUAUCAUAAGCUUUGUGCUGUUGGUUAGCAUUAAGGACAGGCUCACAUCUAUACAGUUGACAAUACAAGGCUGAUUUAGAUUACGUCAUCAUGAAUUUUGAAACAAAAUCUUCCUUAUAAGCUUUGUUUCUCAACAGCAGCCCAGAGCACAUGGAGUAAGUGCAGUGGCAUGCAUGAAUUAUUGCUGGUUUAGUGUUGCUGAGCCUACAGUACGUUUAGUAUAUAAUAGCAUUUUUACACUUAUUCCUUUAAGCUUUAGUUCUCCUUUUAAGAGUAUAUACAUACAGUAGUUCAUAUUGAGAGCACGUUGGCCUCUAAAUUUAGGGUAUACACUCUGUUCCUCUUGAGAGCACUUCUGCAUACUUUGCAUUAGUUGUACAUAAUAAAAAAAAUCAUUCUCUGGG